AUGCUUUGCGCUUGCAGCAAGGAUGCGAAUGGGGGUGUCGCUGGAUUUGCAAGGAACUCAGGAACAAGCAAGCGGAAGAAGAGAAGAAAAGGAAGAAUCAAUGCAGGAACCGGGAACUUUAUUGCCUUGAUCAUCGCGAGGAAUUUUGUGAUGCAUAGGAGCACGGACUGUGCUGGACACAGCGAAUGGCCCAGCCUCCACUAUUCGGAUGAAGUGUAUCCAUUGCCGUUAGCCUUGAUCAAGCCAGCACAGUAUAGUGUUUCAGGUUGUAAGCAUCUAUGCAGUGAACCAGGGAAAGCCGCAGCAGCUAUAAGGGUGGGCCUGGCCAACACGGGAGCAGAACCAAAUUGUGCAACUCUAUGGUUGACGAUCCCCAAGUGCUCGGGAUGUAAGCUUGAGACACCGUCCGCGGAGCACUUGUCGGUGUACCGUAAGUAUGUUACUUACAUCCACUUUGGGCCGAUCGCUAUCGUCGCCUCACUCGCCUGGCUCUGCGAUACGACUGCCCACGAAAGACUGCUUGCUGCAUGGCUUUGA